CGGAGACCGCGACUCGCCUGGGAAGCGCGCUGAGCGAGGAAGAAAGAGGAACACCUCCUACGCAGCGCAAGUCCGGGUCCCCGAGGCCGCCAGGGAGACGGGGAAGCGCGGAAGCCUGAUCCACGAUGGCGUCUUGACUCCCCACAGAUGUGGGCAGGGUACUAGGAUCUCUGACCUCAUGAAAGCAGAGGGUCUGGACCCCCAGCUCAGAGUACUCAGACCCCGGAGACUCCUGCAUACCACUCACUGGCAAGCUUCACCAUGGCAGCCCAGAAUGGAAACACUAGUUUUGCAACCAACUUCAGUAUACCCCAAGACCAUGCCGCCUCCCUCCCCUUCAACUUCAGUUAUGGUGAUUACGACCUCCCUCUAGAUGAGGAUGAGGAUAUGACCAAGACUCACACCUUCUUUGCAGCCAAGAUCAUUAUCGGAGUGGCACUUGUGGGCAUCAUGCUGAUUUGUGGCAUUGGCAACUUUGUCUUUAUCACUGCCCUUGCCCGCUAUAAGAAGCUGCGCAACCUCACCAACCUGCUCAUUGCUAACCUGGCCAUCUCAGACUUCCUGGUGGCCAUUGUCUGCUGCCCCUUCGAGAUGGACUACUAUGUGGUGCGCCAGCUCUCCUGGGAGCACGGCCAUGUGCUCUGUGCCUCUGUCAACUACCUGCGUACCGUCUCACUCUACGUCUCCACCAAUGCCCUGCUGGCCAUCGCUAUCGACAGAUAUCUCGCUAUCGUUCACCCCUUGAAACCACGGAUGAAUUAUCAAACAGCCUCCUUCCUGAUCGCUUUGGUCUGGAUGGUAUCCAUUCUCAUCGCCAUCCCAUCAGCCUACUUCACAACGGAAACCGUCCUCUUUAUUGUCAAACGCCAGGAAAAGAUCUUCUGCGGCCAGAUCUGGCCAGUGGACCAGCAGCUCUACUAUAAAUCCUACUUCCUCUUCAUCUUUGGCAUCGAGUUCCUGGGCCCGGUGGUCACCAUGACCCUGUGCUACGCCAGGAUCUCCCGGGAGCUCUGGUUCAAGGCGGUCCCUGGUUUCCAGACGGAACAGAUCCGGAAGCGGCUGCGCUGCCGCCGGAAGACGGUGCUGGUGCUCAUGUGCAUCCUCACGGCCUACGUGCUGUGCUGGGCGCCUUUCUACGGCUUCACCAUCGUGCGCGACUUCUUCCCCACCGUAUUCGUGAAGGAGAAGCACUACCUCACAGCCUUUUACGUCGUCGAGUGCAUCGCCAUGAGCAACAGCAUGAUCAACACCGUCUGCUUUGUGACCGUCAAGAACAACACCAUGAAGUACUUCAAGAAGAUGCUGCAGCUCCACUGGCGGCCCUCCCACGGCGGGAGCAAGUCCAGCGCUGACCAUGACCUCAAAACCAGCGGCCUGCUGGCCACGGAAGAGGUGGAUUGUAUCAGGCUGAAGUGACCCACUGGUGUUUCAUAAUUGAAAACCCAAAAGCCAGUACUUGGAGCACAAUUCACCAAUAACCAAGUUCACAGGCUGCUUGGGGAAAGGGCAACUGUGUUCACACCUCACUGCUUUCAAGGAGCUGGAGUCAUAAAAUGCGAAGCAACUAGACACAAACCACAGCAGCUGACAUUUACUGAUACCUGCUCAACACCUACUGUGUGCACAACCACACCAGCGAGAUUAGAUAAGGGCAACAGGAGCUGACAUUUACUGAUUACCUACUGUGCAAAAAUAUUUAAAUAGCAAAAUGAAAUGGCAGAAGCCAUUGGAGUCAUCAAGCUAUAUCCAGAUAUUUAGGUGGUCAAACAGAGGCCACAGAUGGUUAUCUAGACUCAUUCUUCAUCUUCCCUCAUUCUGUAUCUGGCCAGUGCAGGAGAGUCAAAGCCUACAGAAUGCAGCACAAUGGAGAUAAAAGGGUGAAUUAGAGUGUGGGGUUUACAGCCUCAUGGGAAGACAAUUCACGGCAGCACACUGAGCUUUCCCACCCAGAUCUUAUGACCUCCCUAGAACAUUCUCUAAGAUUCUGGCUGCCGGAAAAGAAUUUUUCUCAUAACCAGGUCAUUGGUUAUCUAUAAUGGUGUAAUCUCAAAGGAAAGAACCAAAAAAAUUUCUUUUCCAUUGAUGCUUGAAAACUCAUCAUUCUUUUGGGUGAAGACAGACAAUCCUGAAAUGAGGAACACAUCCAGUUCCUGAAACCUUAAUGUGAAGGAUGUCAGCAGCUCUAGUGUCAGGGAGGAAGGGGACAGAGAAAGGGGUGGAGUUUGCCACUGGCAAUGAACAUAAUCUGUGUGGCCAUUUUGCUAAGGCCUGGGCCACUUUUCUAGAACACACCCUCUCUUGCAAAGAUGAGCUCUACUUGGAAUCCAAAGACCUGGGUUCAAGUCCUAACUCAUGUGACCUAGAUGUUUACUCUCUCUGCAUCUCAGUUUUGUUCAACGAAACAGGGAUGAUGAAAAUAUUUUCUCUGCCUGCCUUACAGGACUGUUGGGCAAGCCCACUGAGGUCAUAGUUUGUAAAAGUGCUUUUCAACUAUACAAGUGAUGAGAAUGGAUAAGAGAUAUUGAAUGAUUUGUUUGGACCCCAUCCACUGUGGCUUAUUAUGGAGAAACACUCCCACUUUUUCAUCCUUAGUCUAUGGACCAGUGAUCUCUGAACUCUUCUCAGUGCAGUCCAUCUACAUCAGGGCAAAAAAGGAAUCCUUGUCCUGGGUUAUAAGCAGGAAGAUUCAACUUCAGAGUCUCAGUUACCCACACCCCCCCCCUAAACUUUCAGUAUCCCUGUGGUCAUAGAAGUGUUGACAGUCUUCCCUGCAUGUUGCUAAACAGCACACCCCAAGGCUGCCUAAGUCUGAUUGUAUUAUCACACAUCUGUGGUAAUUGUGUGUAGUUGUCUUCAUUUCUUCCUGAUUCAUUUUGAAGCAGAGUCUAUACAAAUGGUUUGGGAUUGACCCAAAUGACCCACAUUUGGGCAAUUCCUGCUCUUCUAUAGUGAAGGGGUUAUUUAGUUGUUUGCUUGUCUGUGUGUGUAUGUGUGUGUAUUUAAUUAAUUGUUGGUGUUUUUAAUCCAACAGUGACGUUUCAACCAACAUUUUCCUCCAUCACCACCCAGCAGAUUCACCUUCAGCCCAAUCACUAUACCCUCAGAAAAUGCAAACUCACUUUAACAUUAGGCUAAGCCAAAUUGUUUAUAAAUUCUGAUUAGACAAAAUUACACAAUGCAUUCUAAAGCCAAGCAAGUAAAUAUUGGGGGUUAUCUGCAUUUUCACAAAUAUGAUAACUGCAUUUUUAUUUAUUACCCCGUCCUGACUCUUCUCCUAAAGAUGAUUCUUUAAGAGUAGACUGUUACCAAUUGUGUCUGUCAAAAGAAUUCAAUCCCUUUUUCCUUUUUAUACUAAAA